ACUAACCUCGUCUCUAGUCCACAGUUUUCCAAAUCAGAAGACGGAAGCCAGGCCAGACUGAAAAAUGGCAAACAAAUUGUUGAUAACUUUGGCAGUAGUCCUAGUCUGUCACACUGCUGCUGCUGCUGAUUUGAACUUUGGUUUUUUCUCUUUGUUUGCUAAUGCCAACGGAACGAAUGUUUUCCAAGCACUGCAAAAUCGAAUCCAGACAAAAAUCCAAGCACUGAAGGCAGCUGCAGCCAACAGCACAACGACACAAGCCAACUCUUUCCUCUCCACAUUAGCAGCCAACUUACAAGCACUGAAUCAAACCAGUAUCAGCCCACAGUUCAAUUUGGCGAACACAAGGUUCCUCUUGGCUCAAGCACUGGCCAGAUUGAGAGGCAAUCCUCUAUUACAGAACCUGAGGACUUACAUACAAAACGCUCUUGCAGCAGCUAACGAUGGUGCUACAGUUCCGCUAACUAAAUAAGUAUGCUGCUGGCUGUGAAUGUUUCUGGAGCGAAUCACCUGAGAUGUAAUAGUUCAGUUGUAAUAAGUGUUUAUUUCAAUAAAAAUACACUUGUGAAAAUUAAAA